AUGACUGACGCAUCAUUUUCCCCUUCCGGUGGAGCUCUUCGAGCUCCUCCUCCUUCUCUUCCUCUCCCCACUAAUACUGCUACCACCACUAUUCCUACUCCUACUACGGCUACAACCAUUCCCUCUACAUCCACUGGUCCUCCGAGUAUCUCUUCCAUUCCUCGUCGUUCAUCCUACGCCUCCGUCCUAUCCGGUACCGCCGUUCUCUCUUCUGCCAGCAGCUCCUCGUUUUCCCCUCUGAACCUCGCAUAUCACCCCCCGCCUUUGACCGCCAACAGCCGCCUCUCCAGGCUAUCCGCCGCCGUGGAUGCUGAUAUCAUGAACUCUCCCUGGCGGUCGUCUCCUGGUGAGACUCUGCCUCCCCAUUCCCGCAAAUACGCCAGCUUUCCUCACCACGACCCUUUCGCCCUUCAGCCCGGCAGGUUCACCGACACAGUCCCCGCCUUUACCCCCUCUUAUCUCCGCAGCUCCCGCUAUGUCGCCCGCCUCGAUGCCGCCCGUCGGGCCAAAGUUGCCGCACAUCGAGAUACCACUAUGCCCUCCGCCACGUCGAUCCCUCUAUCGGCAUCGUCGAGUCAGGCUAGCCUGCCCCGGAUCACUCCGUCCCACCGAGGCAUGACAUUUGAUCUGAUCGAACGCGAAGCCCCCAACGAUGAUGACCAUUUAUUCCCCUUACCCUCGAGAUGGAAUGCGGAGGAUAAAUACUCGGGAUUAGAGCUGACCAACGGCGGCUUUGAGGUUCGGUAUACGGGACCGGUCAAUAAACAUGAUCAUGAGGCGGCGGCCGUUCGCGCAGACAAUCCCAUGCCUCCGCAGUGUGGGAUCUACUACUUUGAGAUCACUGUUCUCUCCAAACCUAAAGAAGGGAUGAUCGGUAUCGGGUUCUCGAGUAAGAAAGCGUCUAUGGAAAGGUUACCGGGUUGGGAACAAGAAUCCUGGGCCUAUCAUGGGGAUGAUGGCAAGUCGUUCUUCGGCGAGAGUCAAGGACAGGGUCGGCAAUACGGUCCGACAUUUGGAGCAAAUGAUACCGUGGGAUGCGGUGUGAAUUUCUCAACUGGCUGUGCUUUUUUCACCAAGAACGGCGUUUUCCUUGGCAAUGCAUUCCGGGAGCUACGUAGUCUCAAAGUCUACCCGUCGGUGGGAAUGAAAAAGCAACCGCCGGUACAUAUCACCGCAAACUUCGGCCAGCAACCCUUCAUGUUCGAUAUCGAUGACAUGGUCAAGAAAGAAAAAUCCAUGAUUUACUCAGAGAUCGCCCUGACUAGUACCGCCAGUCUUCAGCCACCAUUAGAUGAAAACGCCUUACUGCAAGAAUUAGUGGCGCAAUUUCUCGCCCACGACGGCUAUGUGGACACGGCCCGCGCCUUCGCCGAAGAGGUAGCGGGGGAGUCAAGAGCGCUGGAGAAUGGCAGACCCUCAUCGCUGCAGAAGUAUGAAGUUGAGGAGGAUGUGGAAGCUGUGAACCGCCAGAAAAUCCGAGCCGCCAUUCUUGAUGGAGAUAUAGACAAGGCACUGAAGUACACAAAUGCAUAUUACGCCAACGUGCUACAGACCUACCCCCAGAUUCAGUUCAAAUUAAGAUGUCGCAAGUUCUUGGAGAUGAUGCGGCGGUGCAGUGAGCUAUCGGCGACAGCAUGGAAGCGGGUGCGACCCACGAAUGGCUUGUCAAACAGCGCGGUAUUUGACCAGGAGAUGGAAUUGGAUGACCAAGUGAACGAGGGAGAUGAAUGGGAGGUCGAGGGAAUGGAGAUCGAAGACUCGGAGACAGCAGCCAAGUCGAAGGAGCUGCUCACUGAGGCGGUACAAUAUGGCCAGCAGCUAUUCAUCGAUUACCCUCCCGAGGAACGGGGCGGAGACCGGAAGAUGCUGGAAGACAUCUUCUCCCUGGUGGCCUACCAGGACGCGCGCCAGUCGGUGCAUGGGCAUUAUCUAGACCCGGCCAACCGCAUAGCCGUGGCAGAGGAGUUGAACUCAGCCAUUUUAGUGUCACUCGGCAAGUCAUCUUCUGCGGCACUGGAGCGCCUGUACCAACAGACGGAGGUUCUAGUGAAUGAGAUUAGCGAAGAGGGCGGCGCUGGGGCGUUUAUUAAUCUUCCCAGCAUUCCUGCCCACCCAGCCUCUGCCCACGUCUCGACCACGGAUCUUCAAUGCUGCUGUGGUCGGAAUGACUGUGCAUUCUUGCUGCAUAAUCAUCUCGCUCUGGAGGGUUUGGAAAAGGAUCUGGCAACUGCUGCUAAACUAGGCCAGGCUUUACUCCAUCGCCAUGAAUCGUAUAUGGCGGAGGCGGAACAAGACCGCCAGCGGCUCUUGCUCAAUAUCGAAAACCUCGAACGCGAGAAGCGGGAGGUUCAGGCCGAGAACGCCCGCAUCAUCGAGGAGAAUCGCGAUUUACUGGAGCAAUUAGAGAGCCUGAAUAGGGCCGUCGCUGAUUCGGACUCGCACGCCAAAUCACUGACAUCGCGACUGGAAAACACGGAGACUGAGCUACGCAUAUUGACCAUGUCAGCAGCUCGCGCCGCGGAUCUCGAAGCCCAACUUGCGCACAUGGAAUUAGAGCAGAGUCGAUUACAGGAACGUCUCCAGUCGGCCCAGGAGGAAUCGAAGUCGGCUGUUCAACGGUGGAAACAGGCGGAAUGCACUCUCCGCGAUCUGCAUGACCAGGUUGAUCGCAUCGAGAAGGAGACCCGGGAGGAACGAGAGCGCCAUGCGGAUCUGAUCCAGCGGAUGGAGCGCCGGCGCACUGUGGAGCGCGAGCUGGAUGGUGCCGCUGGUCGAUUGAAAGGUGCAGCUGCAGCGCAGGAGCUGGGACGCAAUCGCGCGGGCGCCAACGUGGUUUCCCACUUCGUGCGCGAUAUCCUACAGGAUAAUGCCAACCUACAGGUGGGCAUCAUGGAGCUACGCGACAUGCUCGAAAGUUCGAAUCAGGAGGUACAGAAUCUGCGGGAUCAGAUUAUAUCUCAUCAACCCUUGGCUGCGUCUAAUGGGCAGGAACCUCGGCCGUCAACAACUUUGAGUCAGGAACUGGAGGCGCAGGAGUCACGAUGUGUGUCGCAGGAAUAUCAUAUCCAUCACCAUUAUCAUCCACCCGCCAUCCCUGUUAGCGCCAAAAAAGAUCGAGGUCCGUUGUUUCGUCGAGGCAGCAAGAAAAGACGGUCUAUGGGGAAUGCGGCAGUAUUAAACUCGUUCUCGGGGCCACGCAAGCCUAAUCAUCGCUCGCAGUCAUCUACCUCCUCCUCAUCAACUAUUCUGUCCCAAACAUCGGCCUCCAUUCCCCCAACGGCUUCUCACCGGUGGUCAUUACAAACUCCAUUGACGGACUCCGUGGCUAGCUCACCGCAAUCGGCCUACCGACCGCCCUCGAUUUUCGACCGCUCGGAACGUGGUUUCGAAUUCUCCCAGCCGACUAGCCCAGACAGCACUGUCUUUUCGUCUCCCUUGGGAAGCCAUCGAUGUGAUGAGACUGAUCUUCCGCCCCAUGCCAAGGAAGAUGAUCUGGGAUACAACUUUCUCAAUCAUCGUAGUCCUGGCUCUGAACCGCCACACAAAGGGAUCGUGGAAGCCAUAAUCCCGGAGGAGAUAGAGUCGACGCAGCAUACCCAGACGGAGCGAACUGAGUCUCCUUCGAUGGCAAACAUAUUUUCUUCUCCGUAUCGUUCCUUGCGUCGGGCAUCGUCCCACGAGAGUCUUUUCUCCGUGGCAGGGAUGGACAUUCAUGUCCCCAGUCGACGCCCGUCACGAACGAAUCUGCACGACGUUUCGUCGGCUAGCGUCCCUGUUCGCAUCCCUCGACGAAUUAUUUCAUCAAAUGCGGAUCUCUUUCCCACCACUCCAGUGAUUUCGACUAGCAAUGUGACGGCGGGACCCGAGCCGGCCUUGGUGCCCAAUCAGCGUCCACAAGCUCUUCUCGCAUUAAUGGCUGGGAAUAGUCAACUUUCCACUGAACAAAUAGGCUCUGAAACCAGCCAUGCAGAUGCAGGCGUUGCUACGCCUUCUCGAAAGUUAUCUCUACCUCGCCGGGUUGGUGGCUGGGUUCGCGGUCGUUGGGGCACCGCCGCCGUCUCGGUGUCCAUUGAUGAGGACUCUUCCUCCCAAGUUAGACCCUCUUCACCCAGUAGCAGCACUACUGGCUACGUAACCACAGCCCGAGCAAGCCCAUUUCCGAGCCUGUCUUUCCGUCACCCCGGAGUAAAUCAAAAGGGACCAAUCAUGGGAUUUCGCCCCAUCUCUCGUGCGCCGGUGUCCCUCCAUGCCAAGCAACUGGAUGAGGAACUUCUCAGGGAGAGCUUGGCUGAGUGA